AUGAAAGAUCGUGCCUGUGAACUUGUUUCCAAUGUGGAAAGAUGCCUGACAAUAAUCAACGACGUCAUAUCCGAGCGGGAGUCUCCAUCACAAAUCGACGAUGACGAGUUGCACGUCCGCCUAUCUCCUGGACAUUACACCACGAUGGACAAAUACGGUGGAAUCCUGAGCAGUGAGACCGCUACCAAUGAAAACUGGGAAAGCCUGAAGGAGAGGCUUCCGCCAGCCAUCCAGAGAUUCGUGCGCUUCACCGGGGCCGUUUGGAGCUGUGAUGUUACCGAAGACAUUGAUGUCCCAAUCCCCUUGUUUAUUGCCCAAGCACCAGUAGUCAUCCUCCCUCUGGUUUGGAGCCCGGUGACUACAGUCGUGCACUUGCGCGACCCGCCUUCAGAUCCACUGAGCAAUACACCGAUCGAUCCAACCAAGCCUCUCAGCGAAUCUGUCGCGCUAAAGGCCUUUGAGACUUUUCCGGCGUCUGUCGCGUUUCUUAAAUUCCUUGAUGGGAUACAUGAUUAUCUAGAAGAUACCGACUGCUCAGACAUGAUGGAUCUUAUCCCAACCCAGUUCGGCGGGUUGCCAGUGGACGUGGCUACAGACAAGAUGACACCCUGCAUCGAAACAGACGAGAUUACACCCUCCACUAAGCCUGCGGAGCCGGCGGAUCCGGUUGUGCGGUCUGGCGCUCAGGGCCCUUCCAAAGGGUCACCACAAGUCGAAUUGUAUCCUGGAAGUCGCUUAACGGUCCGGGGGCUGUUGACAACACAGGCGAGCGCAGGAGUCCUCGUUGAUACUGGCAAUGGCGAAGUUGCGCUUACCACGGUGAGCCACCUGCCGCUUUUACAUCAAAGGUGCACGCGGAAGGGCAUAAAGGCAUUUUCUCUCAAGCUAGAUCGGCCCAAGACUGCUGUGGGGUUGACGGUGUACUCCGACAAUAAUGAAUCUCCUGUCGCCCAUGUCAAUCGAAUCUUUGACGACGAAGCGCAUACCAAAGACUAUCCGACAGGAUAUACCUUUGGUCUAGCAUUCCUCAAACCUUUGGUACCGAUCGUAAUGCACCUGGGCCAACCUCCAAACAAGAGGAGAUUCCGCCCGAAGGCUUCACCCCUUCCGUUUAACGAGCUGCUAAGACUCAUGUCACCAAGCAUGGGCUCCGAUGUUGCAGUUGAAGGCAGGGCUUUACCGUCUGGGUUUGGUACCGCCGUAGGAGAAGCAUUUGUGAAAGCCAAUAUCAGAUUUUGCAACAAUCUUGCGGACAGAGAAAAGAAGUCCACAUCCAACGCAGAAAAACAGCUGUCUCGCUGCACUCUCUGGAGGAUGGCUGGGCCGCAUCGGUCGCUGGGCACUACCAGUAGUUCCCCCGUGGAGGUGGUUAGUACCGGCGAAAUACUUGGAUUCCAGUGUUGGGAAUGGGCCAAGAGACGUGGAAUACCCCCCGUGUGGGCUCGAGACACCUACGAUUUGACUCGUGAUGACAAGACGCUGGCAAUGAGAUACCCUUUCUACGGCAUCUAUGAUCUCCCUGACGAGGUAGAGAGGAUGUCAAUUGUCGAACAGUCGUAA